AUGACGGCGCAGCUGUCAGUCGAGGUCCGCCAUCGUCACCAACCCUCAACUGGACAGUCGCCAUGCCGAUUGACCGCCGUACCCGAUGAGCUGCCUACGAACCCGCAGCCCGCGCCGCCCAGCCUCCCUACCAUGUCCGCGUCGAACAUCCGGGUAUUCGUACAAUGGAAGGACUCUACCGUGUUCGCCGGCGAAGACAUAGAAUGCACCAUUACCUUCAAGAAUGUCGCCCCGCCUGAGGGACGCGACCGCUCCCCGGUCCGGAGGCAGAACGGCUUUGCGACGGGCGGGGAGAGACAGCGCAAACUACCGCCCGUCCACUCUUCGACGCGCCCCUCGGUAUCCCGCAAUUCGUCCUUUGCUUCGCAGCUGCCGCCGUCACAGCUUCGCGGACAUCGUCCUGCCUUAUCACUGCAUACACCAUCGACAGCUGGAGACCGCCGAUCGUCUGUUGCGCCGAGCAUCAUCCAUGCCAACAACACGGGCACACACAAGCAUGGAAGAUCCGUGUCAAUUGUCUCUUUAGGGGCAGAUGCGGGAACUGAAGCCAGCCACGAGAGGGGCAUACCCAUCAGACGCCCAACAAGAGGGCACGGAAGAUCAGCCAGUCUGCAGGUUGUGCCUGGCAGGCCAAACUCAUAUCCAAUUGCUUCACCAGGUCACAGAUCAGCGACUCAUCCAUCUCCACUAUCUGGCGAAGCUUCCUCUCCGCUAGCCCGCGACACCAACGACUUUGCCUUUCCCGCGCGUCAGAACAGGAGACGGCCUGGUGUCACGACCACCCCGAGUACCCCAGCCCUUCCGACUACAGGGCGAAAACCGUCCAAUUCCUUCUCCCAGAACUUCAAGUUCCCUGCCGCACCUCCGCCCGAUGAUGCCACCCAUCCGCAGCCUGGUAGCAGUCCUACAAAGCAACCCAUACACGUCCGGCGCAACUCCCCACAACCGCCACAUGACUACCUACGGUCAUCUGGAAGCCACAAUCUCGAGGUGCUUUCACCUGUUGCGCGGAUAAUAUCUGGGUCGAGCAUGAAUGACACCCCGCGUAGUAGUGGAGAGUUCUACUCGAUGAGCAACAACUCCAACGAGACAUUGGCUUCGGAAUAUGCGGCUCAUCCCUCAGCGCGUCUACUACAGCGGCCGAUGCAUCAUCGGCGACCCUCACACUUGGCACCGCCCAAUAGGCAGGCUCUCCCGGAGUCGAUAAUGAUGGGCUAUGCGCAGAUAAUGGGUUCCUUCACGCUGGACGGAUCCUUGAUCAACCAGGCACCUUUCGAAGAGGUAAAGAGGAAGGGAGUAGUAGGCGGCCAGGGUGGAGGUGGUGUAGUGGGUGUAGAGAAGACAAAGCGCGAGAGUGGGCUCUUUGGCGCGCUCGGUUGGGGUAACAUAGGAGAGUCGCUGGGUGGGCUACUGGGCGCUUCCGAGCCCUCCAGCAUCCGAGAGAUGCGAGGCGUUGCCAGCUCCAAGACUGUCCCGCUCAUCACUACUCCCCAGUCCAUUCUGUUCGUCGAUUUGCGGCUUGCGCCUGGCGAAAGCCGCAGCUACACGUACAGCUUUACAAUACCCCGAGGUCUGCCACCUUCGCAUAAGGGGCGGUCGAUGAAGGUAGCAUACAAUCUCAUCAUUGGCACACAACGCGCGGGAUCGACCAAAGAACAACAAGUGAAGCAUGUGGACGUUCCGUUUCGGGUGUUUGGCAGUGUGAACAGUCGUGGCGAGAUUCUUGGACAUGACCUAAUGUCGCCGUACAUCAUAUUGCGCGAUCAAGCUCGAACAGCCAGCAUAGACCCCUCGUCGAGCGCAAAGCUUUCCCCUACAAAGAAGGGCGCCUCUUCGAGCAAGACGGAAGAGAACACUUUCAGCGACUUCCUAGAGUAUGUCGACAAUCUUCUCGAUCGGCCCAGGCACAAUUCUAGCAUGGGCUUGCUUUCACCUACGGGCACAAUGCCCGGGCGCUCAACGAUUGCCGAAGGGCCCCAGACCAUGAAGGAGGCUAUUGAUACAGCCAUCUUGCGCAGCAACUUGACAGGCGCUGCCAAUCAGAGCGCCAAUCGCUUUGAGAUUGCUCGCAGCGGCCGCCGUGUCGCGGUCAUCAUGUUGGCGCGGCCCUCCUACCGGUUAGGCGAAACAAUGUCUGCCGUAAUCGACUUCACAGAUUCUCGCAUUCCCUGCUACUCAAUACAGAUUUCACUGGAAACUUCAGAGAAGGUCGAUCCGGCGAUAGCACUUCGCUCCAAUGCUUCGAUAUAUCGCGUCACAAAGAAAGUGCACGCAUCAUUUUCAGAGAAUGCACUGUUUGCGCAAAAGCUCGCCUUCUCGCCGACGAUACCACCCAAUGCGACACCGGAGUUUAUUACCAGCGGCGUCAGUCUUGAGUGGAAGCUCAGAAUCGAGUUCAUCACUCCGCGACUCACGCAUGAGGACGGGGAGGAGACCUCAUGGGAUGAUCUCUUGGAAGAGAUAUCUAGCGACGAUCGAGGUGUCAUAUUAGCAGCGGCGCAACGAUUGCCUGCCGAGAGCUUUGAAGUGCAGGUACCGAUACGGGUUUACGGGGCUGUGAGCGGGGCGCCCGAGGCACCUGAUGAACAGGGUCUUCCUGUGUGA